AUGGGAAAUGGUUACUUAGCUCAAAGAGGACAGCGGAUUCUGACAAAAACAAAUCUUCGUAACGCACUGCUCAUUGGAGUUUUCUCGAGCCUGCUGCUUGUUGCAUAUUACCUACUUCAGAGCUCUCGACGACAUCACAAGAAUGAUAUAACCUGGAAAAUAAAUCCAUAUUUCACCAAACAAGAACCUUAUCGUCGACGUUUCUCAUGUUUGCUCUCUCGCAAACGUUGCGACCAAAACGCAUUCCUAUUAAUCUUGGUGCUUUCUGCCCCUGCUAACUCGGACAGGAGAACAGUCAUUCGGAGGACUUGGGGGAAUGAUCGAUCACUCCAAAUGAGAUGGAAGACCGUGUUUCUCGUUGGUCAAACUUUAGAAAACAACAAUCAGAGUGAAAAUAUGGCCGCCGAGGGUACGACAUACGGAGAUAUCAUACGAGGAAGUCACACUGACCAUUAUUACAAUUUAACUCUGAAGACGCAAAUGGGUCUCGAGUGGGCGGCAGGAUAUUGCGAUUUCAGUUAUCUCCUCAAAGUGGAUGAUGAUGUAUUUGUUAAUCCCUAUAACUUGUUGGACCACCUGGAAAAGCCUGACACCCAAGUAACUAACCUUUACAUGGGACGCUGUUUCCACAACGCGCCUGUUCUACGUGUUGGCAACCACCGAAUAACCAGAGAAGAGUACAGUGAGUCUACUUUUCCAACUUACUGCAACGGGCCAGCGUAUUUGUUAUCGUCAGAUUUAGUCCACAAAUUAGUGGAAUUAUUUGACACUUAUACCCCUUUUAGACUCGAACAUGUUUAUAUAGGCAUGUUAAUACGUAAUAUAUAGAUUUAGCCAGGGCUAAAAGCGAGGCUCCCAUUAGUAAAUUUAUAAUUUAAAUUAAAUAAUAACCUUGUAUUCGAAUUCCACAAUUCAGUUAACUUUAGAGCACAUUUAUGUGACUUUUGAGGGAAAGGCUACCUGAUUUUAGAGAAAAAUAAUUUGCAAACAGCCCAAGAGUGAACCAAAUCUUACAUCGAGUUGAUAGCCUCAUAUGUACACUCAAAAACUGGUAAUCAUCUUUUAUCACAUUUAAGAGCCGUAAUGGCUAUUGACAGCUAUUGAUCACCGUAGAUCAAUUAGGCUUAGAAAAAAAAUCAGGCCAACGUUUUGGCGUUCGACAAGUUUACUUUGCAAAAUCUUGCCAACAAAUCUGGGUGCGUGUAAACCAACCUUUUAUACCAUGGACAGAAAGCAGUAUUUCACAAUACAAAUUGCUCUCAUUCAAUAUUCAUAAACUGUUAAAAAAAUUUUCCAAAAUCACCUAUACGGCCAUCCGGUUCUCACUUUUGUAGUGCGAGCUGUAGCGAGUGUUUGAAUGAACAUUAACAGAGUUACGCUCCAAGAUAAUAAAGAAUUUAUCAUGUUUAUUUUUUAUUUGAUGGUUUAUCGAGCGGCAUUUUGAGAACUCCUGCAAGCGAUGUUCACUGAACGACUGAAAACAAUCGGCAUAGCGAUUAAAAUUGCAAGAGAGACUACUAACAAUCAAUAAAAGAAAUAUAAUUCGGUUAGACAUAAACAGAGACAACAAUUUUCAUUCAGGAAGACAAGUAUUAAAGUGUCCCUAAAUAUCCUGAAUCUUCAAGCUUCAAGCUUAAGUUUGCUGAAGUUUAUGUUUUAAGCCAGCUUCCCGGUGUUUGUUUUUUCAAAGACGAACUCGAGGCAAGAAAAUCGCUCAAAGCUUUCUUUUCCGGCUAGAAUUAUAACUAAAGAUUCUUUGGAACAUUUUCUUUCUAUUUGCGGUGAGAAACUGUCUAAAGGCUUUUUAAAGUUCUGUAAGAUUAUAUCAAACCAGAUACUCGGUGAGAUCGUUGUCUCAAAUCUUACAAACGCGCAUAAACUAAAUUCCCGCAUAAACUACGCUCCACUUCAUUAAAUUAGAUACAAAAAACAAACAUGAAAUACAAUAAUUUCUCUGGCUUACCAUUCGAGAUGCAGCUCCUGAAAGUUAUCAGGUAAAGCCAGUAUCGCUUCAGACUUUGCAAUCCUCUUACGCAUCAAGCAAGGUGAAAACGAAAACGAUGCCAUCCGAAAUCGGAUUUCCGACUUUGACAAGCGACGUUUUCUCAACCAAAACCCAAUAAACAAACUAGCCAUGAGUAACAGAAGACUCCUGAUAGCAGCUGAAUUUCAUUUUGUACAUCCAGUGGAAAAAGACAGUUAAAAACAUCACAAGUUGACACAAAACUCUGUCAGCUUCAGCUGUUAAAGUAAACAAGAUUCAAAAUGCUGCAUAAAUUUUGCGCAUGAACUCACCUGUCAAAUUUUGACCAAUCAGAGCAUAAAAAUUGGACGUAGAGCGUGACCAACGCGUGACCAUUGUGAGAAAAAACAAAAGCAAAUGUCUUCCCUGCCUGUAACAGCUGGCUGAAUUUUCACGUCCAAGGUCAGUUUGCAAUCAAAAUUUUAAUUGUGCAGCACAUAAACACAACAUAUUUCAUAUGAAUUAAGAAAAAAAAUUGAACUUGAGCCUGCGAUCACUUGAAAACUAGUUUACUUGUCAGCGGAUAACUUCAAAAAGUACUUGAUCUCGACGGGUCGACACCUGAGCCCGCGAUACGGUCAAGUGAUACUGGUCAGCGGGUACUCUGUUUUGACAGCUGUCAAUUGAUCAAAACAUUGAUGUCCAAUAUGCGUGCAUUAUCAGUUUUCCUGUGCUCCCAAACUAGUAAAAGUAUGAGAUUGAACGUUGUUCGCGAUCUAGUAAAACAGUUAACUGGUCAGCGGACAGCUUCCAAAUAAAUCACGUCACCUCGAUGAGUUGACACAUGAGCCCGCGAUAUGGUCAUGGGAUACUGGUCAGUGGCUAUCCUGUUUGGACAGCUGUCAAUUGACCAUAUUGUUAAUGUCCUAUAUUAAAGAUGUGGACUUGCCAAGACACGCCUGAGACACCCCUCCCUUCCUUUUGAUAGUCUCCCCUACCCCACCCAUACAAUCUGUAGACGCGUACGUACGUACGUACGUACGUACGCUCGGUCAAUCACGUGACAACCAAACGAAAAGAGGUUGACCAUAUUCCAUGGGUAUGGGGCUCUGUCCCACGCGCGCUUCGCGCGCGCGGGAGCCCCGCUAAAAUAGGUGGAGUUGAGGCUGUAGGUCACUCAGGCUUUCGCACUCAGGAAUUUGGUGAGCCGUGCAAACAUUUUCCAAAUAUGUUUGCUUAUCACGAAGCUUCCGUAAAGUGUUCGGAGGAAUUGUUUGAAGAAGGGAUCAAAGAGAGACUAGCUUUAGAAUUUAGCAAAUUGAGAAAUGCUACAGGCUAA